UAAUGUUGUUAGGGAGAACUAGGGUCUGGGGUAUAUGAAUUAGAGUUGUAUGGUUAAUAUGCGAAUAAUUUUGAUUAGUGUUGAAAUGUGUACCAGCUGACAGUUUUAGUGGUCAAGACGGGUUGGGACCAGAACAAACAGUGGUCAAAGAAGAUUGUGGUUAGUGUGGUAGUGAUUACAGUGAACAGUAGCCUGGUCGAAUCGUAUCAGAAAGGAGUGUUCUUAGUUACCUACAGUAUGUCAUCAGGUCAUCUCAACAUGUCACAGCGGCCAAGUUCAGGAGUAUCGGAGGUGGGUAGUGGUAGAGGGUCGUCUCCUCCAAACUUAGUGCUGCCCCAGCUGCCCUCCCAGGCCUGUUCCUCAUCCUCCACCAGGACUUCACCCUCUAGGACAUCUGUACACGGCACGUCUCCCCACGGCAAGAGGAGGAUCUCCACCUCGUCCUCCGUGGCCUCCGGUACCUCCUUGGCCUCCCUCCUGGUUAAGCUCCACCAACCUGCAUCAUCCAGCCUCUCCUUGGAGGGUAAACUCAAGAUAAGGACUACCAUAGAUUGUGGCAGUGACGUUCUCUUCUGUAAGUUCUCGCCAGAUGGCUCCAUGGUGGGUGUCGCUCUCAGGUCAGGUCAGGUCAAGUUCUUCACUCUGGCGGGGGCACUAUCCUACACGCUACAGUUACCGGGUGAGCUGGUCAAGACGACCCGGGUGACGGCCCCAGCUACCUCCCUCCUCUGGCUGCCUGGGGACCAGUCCGAAGCUCUCCUCACCACCUAUUCUGACGGACGUUUGGUGACGUGGCGUGGGCGUAGCGUGGGUGUGGUGCAGGCUGAAGGUGGUGUAGACGUGCGGGCGGCGGUGGUAGGGGGCCUAGACAAUCAGGUAGUGACAUUUACUAGGGGUCAGGUCACAGUAAGAGACGCCAAUACCCUGGGCCCCGUUGCUACUAUGGACCAAGGCGUGGGUGGUCAUCUAUUAUCCCGUGGGUCGCUGUGGGCGGUGAGUGGACGUGGGCGUGAACUAGUUGGCGGGGGAGGCGGCUUGACGUGGUGGGACGCCCGCACUGGUAGCGUCACCCGUAGUAUAAGUGGUGUUCCGGUGCGCGGGCCAGCCUUAGCUUGGCACCCACAUUCAAACAGGGUGGUGUCGGGCAGCUGGGGAGGUGGAGCUGACAGUGUCAAGGUGUGGGAGGCGUCAACGGGCAGACUCACUCAUCUCCUCCACUCGGACGCUGUGAACACUUCCGUGUACAGCACAGUGUGGGCGGGGAAGGAGGUGGUGGCGGUGGGUGGCGCCGACCCCAACCUACUCCGACUCACUACCUUGGAUAAUACGACGGUGGGCGUACUGCGUGGGGUCCGCAACACAGUCUGGGCUCUGGAUGCUUUACUGGGUCGGGGACAUCAAGGAACACGCCUGGCUCUGGCCUCUGCAUCAACGCUCUACAUUCUGGACGUUUUAAAAUGAAGGUUUAAGCCUUACCGUCAAGGUUUCGGAUCCAUGAAAAAGCUCAGGCAGGUCCCUAACACUUCAAGACCUCGAACCCAGAACCUCCUCGUAUGGCCAUUGCAGUAAAGAUCGAAAUUACAUUGUAGAGUUCGAACCUACAAUAAACCAACAGAACUUAGCGAUGGAGGAUUUUGCUAAAGAAUCCAUCUGACUGACCCUGGUUUCCAUUAUGAAAAGAAUUAAACUCAUGGCUUCGUCUGACCUCUGUUUACAUACAUCAUGGAACAACUAUUAGGAAGGUUAGGUCUACCAAUGUACCGCAUACGUCAAGAUAUGUUUAUCCUCUUAAGUCGAGAUGGUGUUGGGGAAAAUGUGUAAUGAUAUCUCCUGGAUGGAAAUAAAUAAAUAACAUGUUUAA